AUGACAACUAAACGGCGGGGAACCGUGGCGGGGUCUCCAGAAGGCCCUGCAAAGGGCCAGAAACGGCGCAGGACCUCAACUUAUGUCCCCGAAACAGACGAGACCCCCGAGAAAACAACAGAAACAGGUCUAGAACUGCUCGCGCUGAUCAAGGAGGCGACUGAUAAACAUGGACAACUUGUUGCAACGGAAUUUCUGCAUCUUCCUAACCGGGAAGAAAAUCCUCACUAUUACAAAGCGAUUCGCCUUCCAAUUGCCCUGGAUACUGUCGAGGACAAACUGAAAAAACGUGAAUACCUCUGUUUAACUCCUGUAGAAAGUGACCUCCGGAGGAUGGUUAGCAACGCCAAGUAUUACAAUGACAAAGGAUCAAUGAUUUUUUCCAACGCUGAGCGCAUACGGAAAUUAGUCGCGAAUAGAAUGUCUACAAUAAACCCCGCAUACAACGAUCCGAACUACGCACCUUUUGCUACCCCGAUACCAGAAGACGAAGAAGAAGUGGAACGGGAAGGAGAAGAAGUCCAGUCCCCGGAACCUGAAAUUCACGAGGACACUAAAGUUGAGGAUGAAAAGUCAUCCGCAGUCGAGACACCGGGCUUGGAACAGGGUGACUCCAAUGAGAACGCGCAUUUGAACUUUGAGGGGGAAACUUUUGAAAGUGCUCAGGAGAAGAUAAUUGCUGGAAUGAUUCGAUUAAAGGAUUCAGAUGGCGAAGAAGUCUUUUUCCCGUUCCUCAGUAUGCCUGAUCGGAAUUUAUACAAGGAGUACUAUGAAAUCAUAAAGCAUCCCGUGUCCCUCAGGGCCAUCCUAAAACUGGUCCGAGGCACAGACGGACGCAAGAAUUCUACCAAAACCACUCCUUUCAAGACGUGGGAUGCGUUCGAGGAGGAGGUCAGCUACAUCUGGCGCAAUGCCAGAAAAUUUAAUGAGGAUGGCAGUGAAAUAUUUGCCCUUGCUGGGUCACUUGAGGAAUACUUCCAUCGGCUUCUUGCGGAAGCACGAAAGCAGGUCCCUGAACCCGCCUCGACGACAAAUGGGGGUAGUCCUACCCCACGCAUUAAGCUGCGUGUAGGAGCCACAAAGACCCCAGAACCAGCGCCGCCGAAGCUCACGUUGCGAUUUCCUGGGAGAACUGGUGACCAACCGUCAUCGGCGGAUAUAGAACAUCGACAGGGAGGUGUUUUGAUAGAUAAUGAAGCGCUGCGCAGGCAGCAGGAACAUGUCAAGGCAGCCACGUCUAAUGGACUAGGAGUACCGGAACGGCCGACACCGCCCACAAGAACGCUGAGAGAUCGAUCUGGUUCUGGGACCAGGGCGGUUUCGACGCGAAGCACGCGAUCACAGGAGCAAGAGCAGCAGCAACAGCAACAACAACAACAGCAGCAGCAGCAGCAGCAACAGCAACGAAGCAACGCGGGGUCAUCGCCUGUGCGGCCUUCGUCUGCUGCCAAAGUUGAAGGUACAGGGGUAUCAACUCCUACUCUCAGGAGCAGGACGAACCAGGAACAUGUAAAAGCGCCCCCCAACGCACGAAAUCGCACAGUUUCCGGACCAGCUGAACUGUCUAGCAAAAUGCCACCAUCGACGGAUGACCCGUUAAUGCAACAAAAUAACUCAGAGACGCUGUUACGGGCGUUUAAUUCUCGUUCAUAUUCCUAUCCAUUUACACCUACAGCGGUGCCGCGGUUGAACCUGAGAUUACGAAAGCCAGGCAGAGCCGCCCUCCUCUCCAACGUCCGAUUAUCCAGCCACCCAAACCUCAACCUCUCCAAAUCCAUCCUCCUCGAUAUUCCCCCCUCCCCAACCCUCACCAGCCAAUCCAUAACCAUCAAUCUCCCCGCCAAAGCACACAUCAUCUGCAUAUCUCCCACAAUCGCCGUCCCCAGCCCCAGCCCCAACCCCAGUUCCAGCUCCAGUCCUCUACAGCGCCAAACACAACUCACCGUCACGGCUGGCGGGCAUCGGAUAUCGCCGAUGCUGUCGCCGGCGCGGACGAUGGAUCCGACAAGGCCGUAUUAUGAGGUUAGGCUUGGGGUUGGGAUUACGAAGAUUGAUGUUGAGAUGAGUGCUGGUCCUGCGCGGGGAAGGGUAGGUCCGGCUUCAAGUUCGGUUGUAGGUGCAGGUGGAGGGGGAGGUGGAGGGGGAACGAGGGCUCCUGUGCAGGUGGAGAGUGAGUAUGAGCGGCUGACGGUUUAUGUGAAUUUGAUGAGGAGGUAG